AUAGCAUCACGAUAUUAUCCACACCGUUAUCCAUUACCUGAAUGCCUGGAAUGAGCCUCUGAUGUAUCUGGCUCUGGAAGAGCAUCGCCUGACAAAAUUGCAUAAUUUUUUCACCCUCCAAGGAGAGAGUAUUUCUGAAAUACAUCAAGAACUUAAAGAACUCAUAAAGCUGAUAUCUAGCCAGCUUGGUCUUGAAAUCACAGACAAAGUGGAAUAUCCUUCAUGGCCAGAACUUCAAUCCCUGCAGUCACCUGAUGAAAAAUCUUUCCUGUCUACAUUUUAUAACACACUGAACUGCCUGUUCACUGAUUUACAAAAGAUUGAAUCAUUUCUUCAGUUACUGAAGUGCCGAGCUUUCCCUGACAAUGAUUGUAAUAACUUACCCUUACCUUUUGUUUCUGAGAUGGUUUUUAAGAAUUCAUCAUUUGGAAAGGUUUAGGAUUUAUAAUUAUUAAAAGCAUGCUGCAGUGUUGUGGUGAAGGAUUUUUCUCUUAAAAAUAAAACAUCCUUUUAACAUUGCCAAAAGUAUC